CCGUUCCCCGGGCGGUUUCCCCGGUAACUGACAACAGCCGCCGGCCCCGCCCCGAGCCCCUCGGCCAGGCGGCGCUUCCCCGGUCCGAACCCCCCAGCGGCGUGGGUACCCCGCGUCCAGAGCCCCACGAGCAGGCGAGCGCUUCCCUGUGCCCGGACUCUCGCGGCGGCAGCAUGGCCACGCAGAGUGCCCAGGAGGGCGCCUGUGACCCCCCGCCCCGGCCGAAGCAGCCCGGCAAAGCUGACGGGUAUAUAUCCAAACUUAGAGAACUUGUGAAACAUGAAGCAGAGAAAAAUAAAUCUCAGUGGAAAACUAUGGGGCCAGCAAAAGUUGCAGUGCCAUCUCCAAAUGAUUUUCUGCAGAAACGUUCCAAGGAGCCCAAGCUAGCACCAAAAAAAAAAGAAGAGGAUGGUAAAAAAUUGCUUCCAUUAUCAGUGCCACCCAGGACAUACCACCCAGUUACUCGCAUUAAAAAGAAUUUUAUAAAUAAAAAUGCAGUUGCUGUUAUAACGGGAGAGCCUAAAAAGCCUCGACAUUUUUGUGUUGAUACAAGACAGGGAGAUAAAUAUCUCCUUGAACCUUCAGGACUUUUUCCAAAAUACAUUAAAAAAAAGAAUUAUGGUGUUUUACCAAAAUACGUGACACGGAGAAAUGAAGAAAUUAAGAGAGAAGAGGAAGAAUAUCAGGCCAGUGUUUUGGAGCAACUCAAGAAGAAAGCCAUGAAAGCUCUAUCUGAAGAAGAAAGGACAAAUGUUCUGAAGGCACUGAAAAAGAAAUGGGAGGAAAUAAAUCAUGCAUAUCAGGGUCUUCCAAUACUAACAGACACUAUGUACAAGAAGAUGCAUAAAGAAGAGCUGGAAUUAAAGCUGCAACAACUGGAGCAUGACAUAGCAGCAAUUGAGAAGCAUAAAACUGUCUACAUUGCAAAUGUGUAAGGCUUGUUGUUCAGAUACUGCCUCUUUUCUCCUUUUUCUCUGUUCCUGCAUCUCCAAGAAGUGCCUCUUUAAAUUCUCAGAAGAUGCUACUGUCAACUAUUUAGAAGGAAAUACUCAACUAAGUAUGUAGCUUCUUAGAAAAGCUGUUACAUAUAACUGUCAGCUGUACAAUUCCCAAAACAUUUUGAAAUAAAAUGCUUAACUAAA